AUGGCGGACUCCCUUACUGAAGAGCAGGUCUCUGAGUUCAAGGAGGCCUUCUCCCUCUUUGACAAGGACGGCGAUGGCCAAAUCACCACCAAGGAGCUCGGUACCGUCAUGCGCUCGUUGGGCCAGAACCCCUCCGAGUCUGAGCUUCAAGACAUGAUCAACGAGGUCGACGCCGACAACAACGGCACCAUCGACUUCCCUGAGUUCCUUACCAUGAUGGCCAGAAAGAUGAAGGAUACCGACUCCGAGGAGGAGAUCCGUGAGGCCUUCAAGGUGUUCGAUCGCGACAACAACGGCUUCAUUUCCGCUGCCGAGCUCCGUCACGUCAUGACCUCGAUCGGCGAGAAGCUUACCGAUGACGAGGUUGAUGAGAUGAUCCGUGAGGCCGACCAGGACGGCGAUGGGCGUAUCGAUUAUAACGAGUUCGUUCAGCUCAUGAUGCAGAAGUAA